AUGGAUGUUGAAACAAGUUUUUCUCAAGUUGUUCCUCCUAUCUUUGAUGGAGAUAGUUAUGAUCUCUGGGCCAUAAAAAUGCAAAACUUCCUAGAGGCUUUGGAUCUUUGGGAAGCAAUGGAGGAGGAUUACGAUAUUGCUUCACUGCCCGACAACCCUAAUAUAGCCCAGAUGAAAAACAAUAAGGAGAAAAAAACUAGGAAAGCAAAGGCAAAUGCAUGUUUAUUUUCUGGUGUUUCAAAACUAAUUUUCACUAGGAUCAUGUCUCACAACACAAAAAAAGCAAUUUGGGAUUACUUGAAGGAAGAAUAUGCAGGAGAUGAGAGAAUUAGAAGCAUGCAAGUAUUGAAUUUAAUGAGAGAAUUUGAGCUGCAACAAAUGACAGAAUCUAACAUCAUCAAAGAGUACUCAAAUAUGUUGCUUGGUAUUGCCAACAAAGUAAGAUUGUUGGACACCGCUUUUUUUGAUUCAAGAAUUGUUGAAAAAAUUCUUGUAUCAGUACCAGAAAGAUAUGAAGCUUCUAUAGCUACCUUGGAGAACACAAAGGAUCUAUCUAAGAUCACUUUGGUAGAGGUUUUGCAUGCCUUACAGGCCCAAGAGCAAAGAAGACUUAUGAGGUAA